CGCAUUAUUGCGAUGCCUGUAAACUCUCCCGCUGCUGGCAGAAAUCUAACCGCUGAAAUCGCCGCUCCCGAAUUCCAAAAGGUCAUUCCGAAUGGUGUCAACGGCAGCGAGCAGCAAAUUCCCACCCGCGUAGACCCAGACUGCACGCCCCCCAUUGUAUGUCUGGAAGUGCUAGAGAAUGAGCUCACACGCGUGUUGCACAAUCGGACCGACCCGAGCCGUUUGGAGAAGGCUAAGAAAGUGUUAGAGAGAUAUAAGGGCAACGACUGGAUCAUCCAUCAAUCUUGUCCAAGUCAACACGGUUUCCACGUGUGCGGUUACUCUAGGGUCAAAGUCAGGCACAGGACGGACCUAUUUCAGUUACUGGUGCUCACUUGGUCGCCUAGGUCGAGGAGCCCAAUUCAUAAUCAUCCAUGUGAGCGGUGCUUCCUGAUGCCCUUGCAGGGUGAUUUGUACGAGGAGAGGUAUAAGGUUGACGAGGAAGGACCAAAGGAGGCAAGGCAGGAGCUUAUCGCGAGAACUUUAAUACCAAUAAGGACGGCAGCAUGGAUCGACAACAGUCUCGGAUGGCAUGCUAUUGAGAACUCAGGCGACGGCUUGGGCGUAUCCUUGCACUGCUACAUUCCAGCGUAUAACCAAUGUAAAAUUAUCGAUACUAUGUCUAAGGAGAUACGCAGUGUGGCGUGUCUGCCCAAGGAUGUCUGUAUGCAACCUCUACAUGAAGCGGUUAUGGAGAGGACUCGGAAGUAUAUUGCUGCCCAAGAAGACUGCUGCUCCGACGACAAUCCUCCAAUUCCAGUGGUCUCGGCUCGAGGCAAGCAGGAUAUAGAAUCGGCUUUUGCAUCGGUAUCAUGUCCAAUCGCGUUCGAGGAGGAGUGUCCACCUAUGGAUGAUGAUUGCCUCAAGCGAGCGGUUGAUUUUACAUGCGACCUCUCUGUCAACACCGGUCAUUUGUUCUUCUUCAAUCAGCUCUUUGCUCGACCUGAUCCCUUAGCAGUUGCUGCUGAAGGCCUAACUGCUGCACUCAAUGUUAAUAUGUAUACCUUUGAGAUGGCGCCGGUGAUGCUACUUAUGGAACACAGGCUGUUACAGCACAUGGCAUCGUUCUUGGGAUGGUAUGAGCAUAGUCCCGUCAACACAAGACGAUCCUCUUCUACAUUGGAACCAGGUCAUGGUGCGACACUGACGCGUCUGGCCUCUGGUUUGAGUGAUAGGGCGAAUGGGCAGUUCGAUGGUAUGCUCCUACCCGGUGCUUCUCACUGUAAUAUCACAGCCUUGCAUGUGGCUAGGCAGCAGCUGUUCCCUGAUACGAUCGACGAGGGCCUCAUGGGAGCAGGACAUCCUAGGGGUAGAUUGAUGGUCUUCACAUCGGCCAACUCUCAUUGCUCUAUGGAGAGAGGAUGCAUGAUGCUCGGUCUUGGUAGGAAGAGUCUGGUUUACGUUAAAUGUGAUCCUGAAACCUGCCAAAUGAUACCAUCUGAACUCGAAAACUGCAUCAAUGAUGAGAUUGAGAAAGGCAACACGCCUUUCUUUGUUAAUGCAACCGCUGGUAGUACGGUAGCAGGAGCCUUCGAUGACUGCAGUGCUCUGGCUGGGAUUGCGAAGAAGUAUGGAUGCUGGCUACAUGUGGAUGGUGCCUUGGGAGCAUCAUUCCUCUUAGCUAGAGGGGAAGAACCCUAUGAUAGUGGCAUGGACCAGGCUGAUUCGAUUUCCUGGAAUUUGCAUAAGUUGUUAGGAGUGCCUCUACAGUGCAGUGCUCUACUGUGUAGGCAUUCUGGUUGUUUGAAAGCUGCUCAUGAGGAACAGCAUGCACCAGAGGCAUUUCCGUGUUUGAGCCCGUUAGACACGGUGUAUUGCUCGUCCAUGUCGGGACGUAAGGCUGAUGCAUUCAAGGCAUGGAUCCUCUGGAAGAAGAUGGGAGAUUGUGGUAUGGCUAACAGGGUCAGACUGGUGUAUACACACACGCAGGAGUUCGCGGCUAUGUUGACGAGCUUCCCUGUGCGGAAGCAGUUCGACGAGGCACAGCUGAAGUAUGAGGAACCGAUCAUUGAGAAGAUGCCCAAUGAUGUUGAAGGUGCUAAUGACAAUGCCUUCCAUUUGGCUUUCCAGCCAACGUCGGCAUGUACAUGUUUCUGGUGGGUACCCUAUGACCUCAGAGAUAGAUUUAUGAAGGAGGGCCCGAGUGCUCUGUCUAAGGAGCUAUUCACUGUAGCAUGCCGUAUGAGGGCUGCCUUGCUCUCUGAGGGUAAGGCCGCAUCAGCUAGUGUGAUGGAUGGUUUCAGGUUCACUUAUGAUAUCCUUUUACUCCACUGA